AUAUGAUCCCUCAGUCUUUAUCUUUUAUUUUCACUAGCAAAAGUGUUCCAUGGGUCAGUAGCGUUUAAAAACAUUUUAGAAAAGAUUGUGCAGGUCUACAGUCUCGUUCCUGACGUCCUUUGACUGCUCUUUGUCUUUCCCAUGGUGGUGGAGAGGUUUAAAUAGAAGAGGUUCAUCCUGUGACUGGUGUCUUUUAAACACAUAAUGAGUUGAUAUUAGUAGAACUUUCUUAUAGGUUCAGGUCUAAUUUGGGUGUGUGAGAUUUAGAAUUCUUGCUGGUUGGUAUGAGAUCAAAUAUUUAUUUCACUCCAUCAAAUACAAAUUAAUUUUUAUUUAUGGAUUUUUUUGUUUUGGAUCUGUUAAAAUAAACCUGCAUUAACAUUCUAGACUGUCUAUUUUUUGUAAGGGGGUAAACUCACAAUCAUCAGAGUAUCAAAUAAUUAUUUCCCCAACUGUUGCUGUCCUGAUUAAGCAGACAAGCAAACCUGCAGACAAUAGGUGCAGUUCCAGUUAAGAUAAACACAUCUUCCUGACAUUGUUAAAAGUGAGUGCAGAGUUAUUUAAAGCAUUUCCAUGUUCCAGCAAUUGUGUCAUUAUUUAAUCAUAUUUACAGAAACAGAAAGGAUUGUGAAGUUUCAGUUUUUGUAGUAUGAAGUAGUUUGUUGUAUCAGACUGAGAAUAGAGCCUUUGCAAUUGAGGGGAAAAAUGUAAAGAAAAUACACCUCACUUGUUUUUCAACAAGACAUAUUACUAUACAUACAAGCAUGAACUCAUUCUCAGUUGAGCCACUGACAAUAACACCAAAUAUCUUUGAAGGUGUAGAUCGGGUUUUGGAAUUUUCACCUCUAAAAACCACAUUACCACAACAAAAAAAUGUAUUUUGUUUCUUUCAAUUCUAUAUGGUCUGUUACCUAUUUUGAGCAUGAGUAUAGUUUAUUUCUAAACGCGCUAAUGUUUUGUCGAAUCAAGGGGUUUGCAGUCUGCUCACUUUUUGUACAGAGAUGGAAACAACAACUCAGAACUUCCACAUUUAUUAUGGAUAUAUAUCACAAUGACAACUGGAAUCUAUUGACAAUAAAAAUGGGUUCCCUGGAUGGAAAAUUAACAAAUUAAUGAAUAGAUGAUUGAAGACUAAGAGUUUCCUGGCUGAAAAGUUAUAAAGUAAACCAUAGGGGACUAAAAAUUCACCAAGACUUCUAAUAAUUCACUAUUUUUUGUCUGAGGUGGGUUGUUUUUUGCAGUUUUUGGUGUAUAUAACUUACUUACCUAUAAACUUCCCUUUUCUAUACUAUUUAUCUAUUAGAGACUCCAGAUUUAUAGAUCAAGAACAUGUCCCUUAUUACACACAUCUUAGCCUGCCUGUUUGGAAUGGGAUCCUGGGUGACCAUUUGUGGGCUAUGGGUUGAAUUGCCCCUUAUUGUCCCUCGGGUGCCUGAAGGCUGGUACCUUCCCUCCCAUCUCUCCAUCCUGACCCAGAUUGCAAAUGUUGGACCUUUGUUUGUUACACUGAUGCACCGAUUCCACCCGGGAAAGCUGAAUGAAACCUCUGUGAUUUACUUCAUUGUGAGUUUCGGGACCUUCUCAAGCCUCCUCUUAGCUUUCUUUUGGAAGGAGACUGUUGUGGUUCAAGGAGUGGAGUGCAGCUUUUAUCUUCUGAUCCUGACCUUCUUUAUCUCCACUGUGGACUGCACGUCGUCAGUGACUUUUCUCCCGUUUAUGAUGCAGCUCAAGCCACAGUAUCUCACCACUUAUUAUGUGGGUGAAGGUCUGAGUGGGCUAAUCCCUGCUUUAGUGGCUCUGAUUCAAGGAGUAGGCAUCAUGCAUUGUGUCAACAGCACCCAAAACUUCAAUCCUAAUGAAACAAUAAAUGGGUCUUUGGACUUGACUAGUUAUUUAAUACCACACUACUUACCAGCCAAUUUCUCAGCUAAGGCUUUCUUUUUAUUCCUGGCAGCCAUGAUGUUUGUUUGUUUGGUAGCCUUCCUUCUUUUGAACAAGCUCCCGGUAGUGGCUAAAGAGCACUCAAUCAGCCUCAAAUACAAAGGUGCUAUCAGAAAUCUGGAUUUUGCAAAGAAAAAGAAGAAAAGUUCCGAACAGAAACCCAUGAUAAAUUCCACAAAUAUCAUCCAGAGGUUCAGUGGGACGUUUGGAAAGGGAACCUACAGCUGGGCACAAAUUGUAUACAUUUUCAUAAUCCUGGCCUGGGUGAAUGCUCUGACCAAUUCAGUGCUACUGUCUGUUCAGUCCUACUCAUGUCUGCCCUAUGGAAACAACACGUAUCAUUGGUCUGCCACUAUUGCCUCACUGGCAAACCCACUGGCCUGCUUCAUUGCCAUGUUUUAUGCUCAGAGGUCAUUGUUGUUGAUGGGGUAUCUGACUGCUUUUGGCUCUUUGAUUGGUGUUUAUAUCAUGACCAUGGCAGUGCUGAGUCCCUGUCCAUUGCUGGUCAACCACAUUUCUGGAGCCAUCCUGAUGGUGGCCGCUUGGACAUUUUUUGUUCUCACUCUGUCCUAUGUAAAGGUGAUCAUUGCUGUGAUCUUGCGUGAUGAAGGGCACGGCGCCCUCGUGUGGUGUGGUGCAGUAGUGCAGCUGGGUUCACUGAUGGGAGCCGUGAUAAUGUUCCCUUUAGUCAAUGUGUAUGAUUUUUUCUCUUCAGGAGACCCAUGUAACACCAGGUGCUAAUGUCAGAAUACACAAUGUGGGACCCGGGAUGCUCAUGGAAAAUGAAAAUUUACAACAUGGAAAACUGAUAUACAGCAUUAUAUUGUAGUAUUUCUUAUUAUUAAUUUCUGUGGCUGUAUAAAUAGAGAUGUUCUUACAUUUUUAAAAAAAACAAAUCAAUAAUUUUGUACAAUAUAAUGUGCUCUGUAAUAGAUUUUAUCAAUAAAUGAUGUGU